GUGAUAGAGAUCUGAGGCUGGAAUAAAUACCGUCGAUUCAUUCUCGUAUCGCUUCUUCACUCCGGUUACUGCUGCUCCGGUACACCGAGUUCAGUCGGUAUUAUGGACGUGACCGAGACUCGCUGUGAUCUGACUUACUGCAAGAUGAGAGGAAUCGUUUCUGUACUGACCGCCUUCAUUAAAGAAAGGAAGAUGGGUCUGAACGACUUCAUUCAGAAGCUGGUGUCCAACCCUCACAUCUGCCAGCAUUCUCAGGAUGAGUCCUUCCUGAAGAUCGACAUGAACCAGAAUGAGGAAACGACCAUAACUGACAUUGAAUCCCCUCAGAUGUGCCUCACCACCCAGAGGAGUUCACUAGCCGAGGAGACUCAGAUCAAACCGUCCGACUUCGACUACCUGAAGAUCAUCGGGAAGGGAAGUUUCGGGAAGGUUCUGCUGGCCAAACACAAAGAAUCGGAGCAGUACUACGCCGUGAAGGUUCUCCAGAAGAAGAUCAUACUGAAGAAGAAAGAGCAAAAGCACAUCAUGGCUGAGCGCAGCGUGCUGAUGAAGAACAUCAAACAUCCCUUCCUGGUGGGGCUUCAUUACUCCUUUCAGACCACAGACAAGCUCUACUUCGUGCUGGACUACGUCAACGGGGGCGAGUUAUUCUACCACCUCCAGCGGGAGAGGAUCUUCCUGGAGCCCAGGGCCCGAUUCUACGCCGCCGAAAUCGCCAGCGCUCUGGGUUACCUCCAUUCCCUGCACGUUAUUUACAGAGACUUGAAGCCGGAGAACAUCCUGCUGGACUCUCAGGGUCACAUCGUGCUGACGGAUUUUGGGUUGUGCAAAGAAGGACUGGAUCCCAACGGCACCACCACUACGUUCUGUGGAACCCCGGAGUAUUUGGCCCCGGAGGUCCUGCAGAAACAGGCGUAUGACCGCACCGUGGAUUGGUGGUGCCUCGGGUCGGUCCUGUACGAGAUGCUGUACGGACUGCCUCCGUUCUACAGUCGUAACACGGCCGAGAUGUACAACAACAUCCUGCACAAGUCUCUGGUGCUGAAGCCCAACGUGUCCAACUCCGGGCGCGAGCUGCUGGAAAGACUGCUGCAGAAGGAUCGGACCAAGCGGCUCGGAGCCAAGGAUGAUUUCCUGGAACUGAAGUACCACAGCUUCUUCUCACCUAUUAACUGGGACGACCUCAUGGCCAGAAAGAUCACGCCACCCUUCAUUCCCACAGUGACGGGUCCGACCGACCUGCGACACUUCGACCCCGAGUUCACCCACCUGCCCGUGUCCACGUCCGUCUGCAACAGCGACAACCUGCACCUGAGCAGCAGCGUCCGCGAGGCGGCCGGGGCGUUCCCGGGCUUCUCCUACGACCCCCCGGCUGAUCUCGCCUUCCAGUAGCACCUCCGGAACACCACCUUCGGACCAAAAUCUGCAGGAAGACCUGCCGAGAGACCAGUACGGAGCAGAUCUGUCGUAUACGGGUCACUGACUGUCUCACUGUGAGGGACCGGUUCAGGUGCCAGGUUUGGACAGGGGCGCAGGGGGCUCGCAAGUGCCUGAGGGUUUUGGAUUUUGUUCCUGCAUCCGAUCGAACAGCCUGAACUUUGAUCUAGAUCUAAUCGCUGGGCGUUCUACAAGAAACGCAGUUUAGCUAGGAUUUUGGACAGCUUGGUAAAUGCACUCCAGUCUAUUUAGUUUUGAAGGUUCUUGGUUCUAAUACGCUGGUGUUGAUGGACUACACAAACCUACAACUCGGAUCUCAAAUCUUGUUCUAACACUCGACAGCCGUUUCGAGGAUCCGUGGACAUCAGGGAAACAUCUGGAAGCCAAAUGAUGUUUUAUUUUUAAUAAAUGAAUUUAUUUUGCUGCUUUAUUCUACGGACAAACCAUGAAUUUUCUCUAGAAGUGGCCGAGCUUCUGAAUACCACUGUGUAUCCGGAUUAAAGUACCCAGGAAAUACGAAGACGACCUGAUUUUCUUCCAACAGUCGUUGUUUUAGUAUAAAUACCAUGAACAGAUCUACCAUGUGGCCAAAAGUAUGUGGACACCCGGUCAUAUUGUGUUAAUCCACAGAUAUUGCUCUAUAAGAUGUCUAAAAUCAAGUAUUUAAAUAACAGACCUGCUGUUCCAGCAUGGUUGGGCCGCUGUAGCCUAGUGGUUAAGGUACUGGUCCAGUAAUCAGAAGGUUGCCGGUUCAACCCUCACCACUGCCAGGUUGCCUCUGUUGGGCCCUUGAGCAAGGCUCUUAACCCUCAAUUGCUUACACUGUAUACUGUCACAGUACUGUAAGUCGCUUUGGAUAAAAAGCGUCCGCUAAAUGCUGAAAAUGUACAUUUCAAGCAAGGUCCAUAAAGACAUGCUUUGUACAGUUUGGUGUGUACUUGAGUAGCCCGCACAAAUCCUUGACCUCAAGCACACUAAACAAUAUGCAGGACUUGAUUACGAGCCAGGCUUGUGUCCAGAUUUAAUCCCUUUUAUCCAAAAAUGACUGAUUUUGACUGAACAGGCACAAAUACCCACAGACGCACUCCGAAUCAUUCAGGUUAGGUGUCCAUAUACUUUUGGCCAUAUCGUAAAUCCGGAACGUUCUACGGUACUGUGUGCUUUAGCAAUAUUUAGGUAGAAUUAACACCAGAGAUCGGGCCGUGUGAUGUACAGGAGUGAUAUUUCUGUGAGUAAGAAUGGUGAAUGAUGCACAAAGCGUGCCUGUCCGAAUACUUUUGCACACUGUGGUUUGUGUGUGUGUGUGUGUGUGUGUCUGACUUUACACUGUAGCUCAUCUGAUUGUUUUUCUCGGUACUGUGGGACCAGCGCCAGUCCUUCUCUCCUCUAGAACCUUUAUUUUCUUCCAUAUUUGGAAGUCGCACCUUUUUUUAUACAUUUUAUGUAUAUUUAUUUAAAUGCUGCUCUGUAUCAUAUUGUUCAAUUGUAGAUUUGCAGAAGGAUGAAAUAUUUAAAUGAUCUUCAUUAAAUGUUGAAUAAAUUAUAUUAAAGAUGAUCCAAGGU